GUUGAUGAGGGUCAGCGCCGCCUGGCAGAUAGAGAGGGGUCAUCGUGCUUUGGAUGAAAGCCUCCAGUCGACUUUGGCAACGAAGCCUUUGGCCUUGGUCGGCGAUUAAGUUUUAAAUAGUGUGCGGUUGGCUGCUCUUCUAAUCUAAAUUUUAAAGCAUCACUGCCUUGUUAUUUUCUCUGUAUUUCGACUUUAGAACCGGUUUACCAAAUGGAGACUCAGGCGGCGAAGAUCCCUGAAGUGAAACUGAGAUCAUCAUCUGGAAAUGGGGACAUGCCAGUGAUGGGAUUGGGCACAGCUGCCGACCCAUUUAUUGAAUCCGCCAUGAAAGUUGCGAUCUUAGAUGCCAUCAGCCUUGGAUACAGGCAUUUUGACACCGCUGCCAUGUACGGUUCAGAGAAUGUUCUUGGGGAAGCUGUUGUUGAAGCACUUAAACUUGGCCUCAUAGAUUCUCGACAGGAACUGUUCAUCACUUCGAAGCUCUGGUGCAGCGAUGCACAUAGUGAUCUUGUUGUCCCUGCUCUUCAAAAUUCUCUCAGGAAUCUUCAAAUGGAGUACGUGGAUCUCUAUCUCAUUCACUGGCCUAUCAGUUCAAAGCCAGGAAGAUAUGAAUAUCCAAUGCCUAAGGAGGAGCUUCAAGCAAUGGACUACAAGUCUGUGUGGGCAGCCAUGGAAGAGUGCCAGAGGCUUGGCCUCACAAAGUCCAUUGGAGUCAGCAACUUCUCGUGCAAGAAGCUUGAAACGAUAUUUGCCUCGGCAACCAUUCCUCCUUCAGUAAAUCAAGUGGAGUUGAGCCCAGUGUGGCAGCAGAAGAAGCUUAUAGAAUUUUGCAAGACCCACAAUGUCAUUGUGACAGCUUUUUCUCCUCUGGGAGCAAAAGGUGCCAAUUGGGGCAGCAAUCUUGUUAUGGAGAAUCAAGUGCUGCAAGAGAUUGCAGAGAAGCUAGGCAAGACUGUUGCUCAGGUGGCUCUGAGAUGGAUAAUUGAGCAAGGGGCAACUCUUGUGGUGAAGAGCUAUAAAAAGGAAAGGCUAAAAGAGAAUAUGGAGAUUUUUGAUUGGACACUGUCAAAGGAAGACAUGGAAAAGAUCAGUGAAAUCCCACAGCAAAAAAUCAUGCUUAAAGAGGAAUUUGUAUCGCCUGAUGGGCCAUUCAAGUCCGUUGAAGAGCUAUGGGAUGGUGAGCUUUAACUUGGAUUAUGUGAAGCUUUAGUCCAGAAAAUACUGUGGUUCUCUUGUGUUGUUGUAUUAUACGUUUGCAAUGUUCUGUUCUAGCCUGUAAUGCUCUUUUAUCUUCUGCUCCCGUAUUCUGUAUACAGGUUUCAAAGGAAAUUUCUUACGUCAUAUAUAUUUCGUCAUUGAAAUAAAAUAAAAAGUUAAUAGAUAUGAA